AUGGAUCGUUUUCUAAGACCUGAAAGAUUGGUGGUGGAUCCUAAUGAUCCGGACGCUCAAAGGAUCUGGAAGCACUGGCUUCACACAUUUGAAAAAUUCGCAUUAAAACUAGCUGUAUCAGAAGGUGAGAAGUUCGAUCUACUAUGUAACUUUAUCUCACAUGCUGUGUACGAAUUGAUAUCUGACUGUACUGACUUUGAAUCUGCUGUAAACACACUAAAUGGACUCUAUGUCAAACAAACCAUUGAGGUUUAUGCUCGCUAUCUCCUAUCCAAUUGUAAACAGGAAACGGGACAGAGUGUUGACAGAUAUAUUCAAAGAUUGAGAUUGCUAGCUAAAGACUGCCAUUUCAGAGCAGUCACUGCCCUCGAAAACCAGAACGAGGCCAUCAGAGACGCAUUCAUUAGUGGCAUGUCAUCACCAGAGAUUAGGCAGAGACUUUUAGAGUACUCAUCUCUGGACCUCGCAAAGUCAUUGGAGGUAGCUAGAUCUCUUGAGAUGGCACAGAAACAUUCUGUGACAUAUAACUCGCCACAAGCCACUACUUUUCAAGCACAACAAUCCACUACGUCGGAAUUGUCACUUUGCUCUGCUGUAGAAGACACAAUUGAUUCGACAACCGGUACCAUAGCUGCAGCUCAAGGCAAGUGCUACUUUUGUGGAGGUGCUAUCCACUCUCGUAGCAAAUGCCCCGCUAAAGAUGCAACCUGCAAUAAAUGCGGUAAAAAGGGACACUACAAAAAGGUAUGCAAAUCAAAACUUUCUACAGUUUACAGACAUAACUCUGAUUCAGCGGCGUAUACAAUAACAGCCGCCUCUUCGUUUUCUCUAUCUCGUGCUGUAAUGAAGAUACAAGUUAACAACAUUACCCUUGACGCCCUCAUCGAUACAGGUAGUUCGGAAAGUUACAUUUCUGCAUCGGCUGUCAGAAAGUAUAGAUUCAAAACUUUUCACUCAUCAAAACAUAUAUCUAUGGCCAACACGAACCUAACUGGUUAUACUCGAGGCCAUGUUAAUGCUGACAUUAAGAGUAAAGGCUCCAGUUAUAAAGACUUCAAGCUACACAUACUUGACAACCUCUGUGAGGAUGUUAUUUUAGGCCAUGACUUCCUUGAACAACAUGAAAGUGUACACAUCACAUUUCAGGGGCCUAAACCAACAAUGGUGUUAAAUGGAAUGAAAGCUGCUAAUGUCGAACCCGCUCCUCUUUUCCAAAAUAUGCUUAAAGAGUGUCGACCUAUCGCCACAAAAUCCAGACGAUAUUCUGCAAACGAAACUCUAUUCAUCAAUUCAGAAGUUGAGAGACUCUUAAAAGAUGGCGUCAUUGAGCCCUCGUCAUCUCCAUGGCGGGCUCAAGUCUUAAUAACAGCUAACGAACGACACAAACGAAGAAUGGUAGUGGACUACAGCCAAACUCUUAAUCGGUUCACACUUCGGGAUGCUUAUCCCUUACCUCGCAUUGAUGACAUGGUCUCUCAAAUAGCUAAAUACGAAAUAUUUAGCACCCUUGAUCUUCGCAACGCAUACCAUCAGAUCCCUGUAAGGAAGACUGAUCGCCCUUAUACUGCCAUCGAAGCUGGAGGGAAAUUAUACCUAUUCUGUAGGAUACCCUUUGGAGUAACUAACGGGGUAGCCUGUUUUCAACGGACAAUCGACAAGAUCAUAGAACAAGAGUGA